GGGCGUAUUCCCCGAGUUCUUCCUUUUCGUCAACGUUGAAAAGUGGUUUGUGCAACUCUUCGGUAGUUUCCAAAAUCGGAUUCAUCCGACACUGCCACUUCGAAUUUUCAACUUAAUUUCCACCUCAAAUCGAAGAAUCAUGCCUGCUAAAUUCGAUCCCAAUGAGAUUAAAAUCGUGUGUCUGAGGGCUGUGGGUGGUGAAGUCGGAGCAACCUCAACUCUUGCCCCUAAGAUCGGUCCCCUAGGUCUGUCCCCCAAGAAGGUUGGUGAUGACAUCGCCAAGGCAACCCAGGAAUGGAAGGGUCUGAAGAUCACCGUCAUGUUGACCAUUCAGAACCGUCAGGCCAAGGUCAGUGUGGUCCCAAGUGCUUCAUCCCUCAUCAUCAGAGCUCUGAAGGAACCUCCUCGUGAUAGAAAGAAGGUCAAGAACAUCUCACACAGUGGGAACAUCCCCAUCGACGCCAUCAUUGACAUCGCCAGGACGAUGAGGGAGCGUUCCAUGGCUCGUGAACUCAAGGGAACAGUCAAGGAAGUCUUGGGAACGGCUCAGUCUGUAGGAUGCACCGUGGAAGGACAGAACCCUCAUGAUAUCAUUGAACAGAUCAACGAUGGAGACAUUGAGAUCCCAGCGGAAUGAUCGUUGGGUCAAAGGUCAUGAGGAGGAGACAGACAAGGAGACAUGAUUCUUUCAUUUCUAUCCAACAUUUGACAUCUAUUGUUGUGAAGGUGUGAUUAAAAAUCAGUCACAAAAACUAA